ACACUUUAGCGCAGGGCAGCAGCUACACAGACCAAUUGAUGGUGGUUAAAUAGUGGACUGGGACCAGAAUGGAGGCUGCAGAGCCUCGGCGCAUCUUCCUGGAGCUAGGAGAGACUGCUCCAGUUAACUUGGCUUCAAAAGGAGCCCCGGGGCUGUCACACUGAGAAAAGAAGGAAGGGGAAAAACAACUGCACCACAUGUGAAUAUAAAGAAGAGUCGAGAACUCAGCAAUUGCACCAUCACCGGAUGGAAGAGCCCAGCUGUCAGAGCCUACUCUAAGGAGCUUUGCCUUUACUCCUUGUACUUCACGAAAGCCUCAACUCAAUUACUGCAACAGCAUGGCCUGAAUAUAUUCAGUCAUUAUUAUCAGCCUAUUAUCAAAUAGUAUUGGAGAUUGAACUCCAAGGGCUUUGUGCUUGUUAAGCAACUGCUCUACCAUUUAGAUGUGCUCCUGAUCCUCUUUCAACUUGCUCUUUUGAGGAAAAUAUGAAGAAAUAAAGAAGUACACACGAAGAACAUGUCAUUUAGUACUCUGUUCUGAUAGCUACAGAAGACACUGAGAAGUCCCUGUAACGAUGACGACUACUUCAGCUGACAGCUGGCCCUGCUCCUCCUAUGGAAUGCACUUUAUAACUAAUUACAGUGACCAAGCCUCACAAAAUUUCUCAGGAGUGCCAAAUGUUACUAGCUGUCCAAUGGAUGAAAAGCUACUAUCUACGGUGUUAACAACCUUCUACUCUGUUAUUUUCAUCGUGGGACUGGUUGGGAACAUCAUUGCCCUCUAUGUAUUUCUGGGCAUCCACCGCAAAAGAAAUUCCAUUCAAAUUUAUCUACUUAAUGUGGCCAUUGCAGACCUUCUACUCAUUUUCUGCCUCCCUUUCCGCAUAAUGUAUCACAUCAACCAAAAUAAGUGGACACUAGGUGUGAUUCUUUGCAAGGUUGUGGGGACACUAUUUUACAUGAACAUGUACAUUAGCAUUAUUUUGCUUGGGUUUAUCAGUUUGGAUCGCUAUGUAAAAAUUAAUCGGUCUAUACAACAAAGGAGGGCAAUAACCACCAAGCAGAGUAUUUAUGUUUGCUGUAUAGUAUGGACAGUUGCUCUUGCUGGAUUUUUAACUAUGAUCAUUUUGACGCUGAAGAAAGGAGGGCACAAUUCCACAAUGUGUUUCCAUUACAGAGAUAGGCAUAAUGCAAAGGGAGAAGCAAUUUUUAACUAUGUUCUUGUGGUAAUGUUCUGGCUUAUUUUCCUAUUGAUAAUCCUCUCCUAUAUGAAGAUUGGCAAGAAUCUACUUAGGAUUUCUAAAAGGAGGUCAAAAUUUCCUAAUUCUGGCAAAUAUGCCACAACAGCCCGGAACUCCUUUAUCGUACUCAUCAUUUUUACUAUAUGUUUUGUGCCUUACCAUGCCUUUCGAUUCAUCUACAUUUCUUCACAGCUAAACGUGUCUUCUUGCUACUGGAAGGAAAUUGUUCACAAAACCAAUGAGAUCAUGCUGGUUCUCUCCUCUUUCAACAGCUGCUUAGAUCCAGUCAUGUAUUUCCUGAUGUCCAGUAAUAUUCGCAAAAUCAUGUGUCAACUUCUUUUUAGGAGAUUUCAGAGCGAAGCAAGCAGGAGUGAGAGCACUUCAGAAUUUAAGCCAGGAUAUUCCCUGCAUGACCUAUCUGUGGCAGCCAAAAUGCAGUGCAAUACUAAGGGUAUCUGAGGCAAAUGUACUAAAUGAAACGACAGACGUAAGCCAGAUUCUUCAUUCCUUGAGAUCAGUAAAAUUAUGGAACAAAGCCCUAGAAUGUCCCAAACCCUGAUCUUUAGAAGUGAUCUUUCACUUGCUUACAUUAUAAAAUAGUUCCAGGCAAAGAGAAAAGCUUACAUUUGUCCCUAGAUUUUAGAACUAUAUGUAGAAUCUUCUCAGAAUAUAAUGUUAAGCUAACACUUUUAACAACAUUUAUAAAGUUAAGUGAAGUUCAUGGAUUUAAUAACAAAAUGAAUGAAGUGUCAUUGUUUUUCAAGUCACUAAAGAGUUAAUAAAAAUUAGGCACUUGAUACUAAUUUUAAAUAUGUUUAAAAUAAAGCAUUUCUGUGUUGAAAUGUCAAAAAACCACGUUUGUUACUUCAAAAGUGAAUAUUUGCUGUAUUCAUUUAUGUUUAAAUCUCUGCUAACAAAUGAAUUAAUAAAAUUCUAAUAAAAGUGA